AUGCAGGAUAACGCCAGUGUUGAACUGCCUGAGGCAUGUCAAGCAUUGCUAGAAAAGGUCCUGAGAACUGCCGGUCUCGAAAUUAACGGCAAAGAAAGAGACGAGACAGCACGGGAGGAACCGAAUACCGCAAAGAAGAGAGUCCUUCUAGACCUUGGGUUCGGAUGUGGAGAGCAAACCAUCUAUCUCACAAUGAAUUCUGCGAGACCAUCGCGAAUAUUUGACGAGUAUAUCGGUAUUACGCUUGAUAAAGUACAGCAUGGAUUCGCUCAGAAGAGGCUACAACAGAAGAUACUGCAUGGAAACCAGCAAGAAAUCAGCACCAGACCUUCGAAGAUCUCCCUCUUUUGUGCCGAUGCUGCUCGGCCAUCAACUUGGCCUGACGAAGUAACGAAGACUCUCCACGAUGCUUUCUCAAUUAACGAUAGCAACAGUAAUAUGGAACGCUAUGUCAUGGGUCUAGACACCCUGUAUCAUUUCUAUCCUUCGCGGCGGGAAAUAUUCAAAUAUUCACACUCCAUACUCCGUGCUAACCUACUAGCGUUCGACCUCUUUCUUGCUCCAUCGAAUCCUUCGAGCCUGAAGCGGAUCUUCAACGCGUUAUUCCUUCGUCUCCUGACGCCUACACUUGGCGCCCCGUUUGGUAAUUUUGUCUCUCCAGAGACAUAUACAACUAUGCUAGAAGAAGCAGGAUAUAAAACGGAAAACAUUGUGAUCGAGGAUAUUACCGACCAUGUAUUUGUGGGCCUAGCUGGAUUCCUCGAUAAGAGAUGCCGGGACAUGGCUAUUAUGGGGCUUGGUGGAUAUACCAAAUGGCAAGUUGCUGGAUGGCUGUUCAGGUGGUUAAGCAGUGGGGGCGUACUUAGAGCGGGUGUUGUCAUUGCAAAGGUGGACUAA